AUGCGGAUUUUGUGUCUCCACGGGGCUGGCACCAGCGCUAAAAAUCAUCUGCGAGAUGACAGCAUUGCGUUUGAAUUUAUCGACGGCGAGUGGGAUGCACCACCGGCACCAGGCAUUGCCAAGCUUUAUCCCGGCCCUUACCAUGCCUUUUACGACUGGAAUCCGGCGGAGCCUAGCCCGCCAUGCGAGUCGCUGGCUGAGUCCUACGACUACCUGACUGAGGUGCUUGAGGCCAAGGCCUUUGACGGCAUCGUCGGCUUCAGUCAGGGCGCUGCGUUGGCAGCGUCGUACCUGUUGUACCACCAAAACCAGGACCGUCAACUAUUGCAGCCGGUCGUCCGCUUUGCCGUCUUCAUGUGCGGCACGCUGCCUUGGGAUGCCUCGGGCACGCGGCGAUUGGGCUUAGCAGAGCUGGCUAGCAGCGACAGCACGCCGAGAGCGAUUAACAUUCCGACGCUGCACGUGCAUGGGGCCAUGGAUGAAUGGUUGGAUGAGAGCCGGGCGCUCAAGGAGCUAUGCAAGCCGGCCGAGGCAGUGGUAUGGCAGCACGGACUAGGCCACGCGAUCCCAGUGGACCGAAAGAGCACCGAGCGACUGGCCGAUCUGUUUCGCGAGGUGAUACGACGGGCGAUAUUUAAGCAGUAA